UAUAGAAUAUCGUCGAUACACUUCCGGUUUGUUUUUCUGAUAAGUGGCUGAUGGUCGUCUGACAUUUCUCUUUUGACAAUUUUAAUGCACUAUGGUUCACGAAAUACGUUAUUCAGCCUCAUAAAUGAAACGGUGAUACACGCGUUCAUUUCAGCAGGCGGUGAAUCGAUAGAAACGGUUUUCCAAUCCGGCAAAUUUUGCACAGGAAAGGACACGCAGUAGCAUUCGGCAAAAUGAUCAAAACAGGAGAAGAUAACCUAAGGCAUCUUCACUGUAAUCAAACAGUAGAAUUCAAUGGACAAGAAGACCAACAUUCAGUGGAACUAUAUAGCGAUGAUGUUACUAUUAUCCCCUCACCCGGAGGUCAUAAUCACGGUAGUUCAAAGGUGAAGUUAAGGAAUAUUGUUGACUAUUCGUGGGAUGUUAGCCUUUAUCCAAAUCAGUUAUUGGCUGUUCAUAUGUAUGGGAAAUAUUUAGCUUAUGGAAUUAUAGUUGGGAAUACCGGAGGAGGUAGGGUGAGAGUUAUGUACAAAGACUUGGAACAGAGAGCAUUAUUAAGGGGAAUGCGUGCUCCUAUACAAGACCUGGCUUUUGCACAUGUUUCCAAUGCUAUUUUAGCAUGCGUUGACUACUUAGGAAAUCUUUUUAUACAUAGUAUCGAAUCAACACCAAACGAAUUAUUAUGUACUUUAUUAUUACAAGUGGAUGCAAAUUCUAGUGCUUAUCAUCGUGUGAUAUGGUGUCCUUAUAUCCCAGAAGAUGUACCAUCUGAAGGAGACGAAGUGUCAAAAUUCUUAGUUUUAACUCGUGAUUCUAGAGCAGAGUUGUGGUCAGUUAAUACUGUUACAUCAAGAUUCAAAUCAAUAGAGGCAACUGAUCCAGCUGCGAAGGAAAACGGAGGCAUGUUUGAAAUUGAUGAACAUUCCGAUAGAAUCAUUGAAGCAGCUUUGAGUCCUGAUGGUACAGCUUUAGCUACAGCUAGCGCAGAUGGAGAAGUAAAAUUCUUCCAAGUUUACUCGCAUGAAAACCCUCAUCUUAAUCCAUCUCAACCGCGUUGUUUACAUCAUUGGAGCCCACACAAUGGACGACCUAUCUCAUGUUUAUUCUUCCUAGAUGACCAUAAAACAUACCAUCCCGAUGUACAGUUUUGGAGGUUCGCUAUAACCGGAUGUGACAAUAAUACAGAAUUAAAAGUUUGGUCUUGUGAAUUAUGGGCUUGUUUACAAACUAUUACAUUUGCUCCAACACCUUCCACUGGCAAAUUACCUGUUUUAAAAGCAGCCUUAGAUCCCAGUGCUGGAUACCUUCUAUUAUCAGAUAUAUUCAAUAAAGUUCUAUAUAUAUUAAGUCUGACAAAAGACAGUGGAAAAGCAAUUGCAUCUGUUAGUACAGUAUCAGAAUUACUUCUACCAUAUCCAAUACUGAGCUUUGGGAUUGUUGAUGCUGGUAUACGCAAAAUACGUCCUACUUGCGAAUCAUUAGAAGACUUACGGCCUUGCGAAGAAGAAGAAGAACAACUUGUUAUUCAAAUGUAUCUAGUCCAACCGAAAUCGUUGCAAGAAUGUCAGAUUGCCUUCAAACCUGCCUCACAAGUGAGUAGCAAGCGUCUCAUGGAUAGGCUCACUCAUGAUUCACUUGACUACUCCGAAGAGUUGCCCGAAAUGGAAACUGCCAAUCAUAAUGGAAUCGCGGGAGAGAGUUGUGAAGAAGAUCGUUCGUUAUCUGCUACAAUUGAGGCAGCGACAAAUCAUAAUGCUGGGUUAAAUCUAAUGACACCCGAUGCAUUUAGUUCGCCAGCUAAAAAGGAGAACAGCGAACUGGAUUCGCAACCUGGUAGCCCAGAAUUGAGUAAAGUUCUGUCUGCUAGUCCUUCCUUGGCACAAGCUGUACAAGCUUUAAAUGCAACAGAGCCUCCAUUGGCUACUAGUGAAUUAGAAGAACAAACCCCAGCUAGCAGCGGUAGUAGUCCAUCUAGAGAAGUGAGAGAUAUUUUGUCUCUCACAAAACUAGAUGAAGAACCAGAGGUUGAGAACAAACCUGAAGUCACCAACACAACUGAUGGAGAUUGGCCUAAUAUCCCUAUGGUUUUAUUAAAAGAUGUGAGCAGACAUGCGAUGCAAGAAGCUGAAAACUACUCAGCAGAAGAAGAGCAAAAGAUAAAAUUGAAAGAAGAUUCAAAAUCUGCAACGCUUAAUACUGAAGAUGUUAACAGUGCAUGGCAAACGGCGAACGAAUUGAAUACGCGUGAAAUAAUAGAUAAAUUAGAAACCGUUUUAGAACUGAUCCACGAUCACCGACGAGAAUUGAGAGAGUUACGUGUAGAGAGUGCGAGAUUGAGACAAGAAACACCUAUUUCGACGCGAGUUGAAGCUGCUCUAGCUAGAGCCACCCAACAACAAAAUGCUUUAGAACAAACAUUGUACAGUCAAAUGGCAUUUGAAACGACGGUAAAAGAUAAAAUAGAUACGACACUGCCACGCGUUAUCAAAGAAGCAGUGGAACCUUUAAAGCAUCAGCUUAGAUUAGAUACUGCACAAAUGGAUGAACUUUUAAAAGAAAAUUUAACAGAAUUAAUCAAUAGCGCUCAUGUGAAAGACACGCUUGCAAUUGCAGCAGCAAAUGCAGCGAAACCGGCGUUAGAUGCUGCAUUUAAGGAAGCUUUCACAAAUAUUCUCCUACCUGGUAUGGAGAAAGCUUGUCAAACAAUGUUUAAGCAAGUACAAGAUGCCUUUGUCAGGGGUACACGAGAAUACCUUCAGAAGGUGGAAGCAAUUGCAGAUAAGCAAUAUCAACAACGAAAUGAACAACAAAGUAAAGCAUUGUCUGGACUGGUCCGUGAAGAAUUACAAACUGAAUUAAGUAGAGGUUUAUCUUCUCUUCAAGAAGGAACGCUGCGUACUAUUCGUGAAUCUAUUAGAGAUAAUUUAAAUCAUCAGCUAAAUGAAAUCACAAAUGCACGUUCGAGAGCAACCACUCCUGCUAUACCAGUAUCUGCAGUUGCCGACGCUCAAUCACGGGUAAUGACUCUCCUUCUACGGGGACAGUUAAAUGCUGCUUUUCAACAAGCUUUAAGCGCAAGUGACUUGGGUUUGGUAGUACUAGUUUGUGAAAAAACAGAGCCUGCCAGAGUAUUUUCUUGUUCAGUGGGACCAGAUCAAGGCCCUAGAUGCAUUUUACAGCAACCUGUAAUACUUUCACUUGUGCAACAAUUAUCUGCAGACUUAGGACAUCGUACAGAGCUCAAGCAUAGGUGGUUGGAAGAAGCAAUAUUAAACUUGGAUCCUAAUGAUCCAGUCACACGAGAACAUAUGGGUACGGUAUUAAUGAACUUACAAAGUCAAUUGUCUGCAUUCAUUGCAGCUAAUCCUAAUCACAAUUCUACUCGACGUAUGAAAAUGCUCGCUAUGGCUGCACGUGCACUUUUGAACCAACAUCCUUAAUGUCACAUACGUUUGAAAUAGAACGUGUUCUUUAUCGAAUAUAGAUGAAACAACUGUGUGAUAUUCUCUGUAUUUAAGAAUAACAUUUUUAUCAUUAACAUUAAAGUAAGGAGCAACUUCCUUAACGUCUUCAGGAUCAAGCAACUCUCUUUAUCCAUCCAGUUAGGUCUUCCCCUAGCCUCAUUUCGCAGUUUUUGGUUUUUAAUAUAUUUCCUAUUAUUAUUUUUAGUAUUAAAGAUGUAUUACACUAAUAAUACAAUUUGAUGGUAGAAAGAUGAGGAAUAUUGGCCUUAACAGCGCUACAAAAGUUGCUUCUUACUUUAGCACAUCUUUUAUAUUCGUAAGUAAACUCAUCUUGUACUAGUAAUAAUAUAUCACAAUACCAUUCUGAUUACUUUAAUUUUAUAAAUUGAAGAAAGACGAUUGUAUUAUGAAU